CGGGUGGUUUUCUCAGUCCGCCGCCGCCGGGCUCCGGGUGCGAGCGCAGCAGCGGCGCUGCCGGGCCACGAGACCGGCUCCGCGCACCAUGGCCCUGAGCGCGGAGGCGGAGUCGGGGAUCUACCGCUCCCUGCGCGCUGCCUCGGGCGCUGCGGCGCACCUGGUCUCGCUGGCGCUCCCCGUGUCCGUGGCUGUGGUCGCCAGGCCCGGGUCAAGCUUAUUCUCCUGGCACCCUCUCUUAAUGUCACUUGCGUUCUCCUUCUUGAUGACAGAAGCCCUGCUGGUUUUCUCUCCAGAGACCUCGCUGCUGCGCUCCUUCUCCCGCAAAGUCAAGGUCCGCUUCCAUUGGGUGCUGCAGCUGCUCUGCCUCCUCUGUGCCUUGCUGGGGCUAGGCAUCAUCAGCUACAACAAGUACCUGAAUGGCAAGUCCCACUUUGUCACCUGGCAUGGCCUGACUGGCUUGCUGACUGUGCUGUAUGCCAGCAUGCAGUGUAUGGGGGGCCUCGCCCUCCUGUACCCCAAGCUGAUGAAAAACUGGACGCUGGCCAAGCUGAAGCUCUAUCAUGCCACCUCUGGGUUGGUUUGCUACCUCCUGGGCUGUGCCAGCCUCAUGCUGGGCAUGUGCUCCCUGUGGUUUACCACCUUGGUGACUGGCAUCUUCUGGUACCUGGCAGUACUGUGCCCUAUCCUUACCAGCCUGGUUAUCAUGAAUCAAGUGAGCAAUGCUUACCUCUACCGCAAAAGGAUGAAGCCUUGAGGGAUGAUGCUGGAACACUGCCUUCCUGUGAUCCUUGAAGGUUCUGCACAUAGUCCAUGGGGCAUUCAGGGGCUUCUGGGUCCUUGGGUGCAGGAAGUCUCCAGUGCAGCUCACCUGCUUGCUGUUGUGUGAUGUUUCUGUGGAGCUAGACUUCUAUUUUCUUUUUAUUACUGAAACUGUCUGUCAUGUUGAACCUGCUGUUCAGAAAACUUCUUGCAGCCCUGAUCUCAGGGUUGUAGUUUCUGUCAGCUAAGAUGUGUGUUCUGUGUGAAAAACCUCAGUAAUCCAUCUAUGCCUGCUCUGGUACUGAAUAGUGUCCUAGCAGUACCUGCCUCUGGAGGUGGCAAACAGCUUGACAGUACUUGCACUGGAUGCUAUGCCUGCUUGCUCAGACUUUGUACAGCCAGCAGCAAAAAGGCUUUUCAGGGCUACUUGUGCUUAAUAGGCUCAAAUCUCAUGCAUUUUUUUUCCUCCCAUAUAAGCACUGGGAAUAUAGAGGUGACUGAGGGCAGGGAAGCUUAUUCCAUUUGUUUGUAACUGGGAGCACCUUGCAUUCUGCCUUCUAGGUCACUUUUGUUAGUAAAACUCCAUGUUUCCUUGCAAUGAAGAAGCCCACAGGACAGGUCACUCUAAACCAAUAUGGGGAGAGGAGUUGUGAGGCUGUGCUUUACAGAUCCAUAUCACAGCAUGUAGGAUGUGAAUACCAACCGGGGGGGGGGGCCUGCCUUUGGAGAACAACCAAUACAAAGAUGCACAGGCCUGGGGCAGACAAGUCCAGAAGGGCAGCAGAGGGGCUGCUUUCUCCCCUCAAGAGGAGGAGCCUCCCAGGUACCCUAGUAGAGAAUUUGACAUCAAGGAGAUUUGAGCUACUGAGUUAAUAUCAUUCUGUGAAAGGAGUUGAACCCAAGCUGGGAGUGCAGAUGACCAACUCCAUACCCAUCACCUUGGGUUUGGUACUAUCAGUGUUGGAAGCCCCUGAAUGGAGCAGAGUCCAUUAAAGGUCUUUCCUGCAUACAGCUGCCUGGCAAAGGACAGCAUGUCAUCUGAGGUCUGGCUCACCCUCUGCAGCAUUUGCUGGGGCCUGGAAAAUUUAAUUACAACUGUGGCAGAGACUCAGUACCUCACUAUAUCGGAAUAUAGCUGCACAAGGGCCUCUGCUUAUGUAUGAUUUAUAAAGAAGUUAUCUCCAGGCUUAAAAGUCAAGUGACCAACCCAGGAAAGGGAGCAUCUCACCUUGUGGCAACUUAUGCAUGCAGGGCUGGAGCUGUUGCCGAGCUAGUUUGGACACGGAAGGGAAAGGGGGGGGCCUCUCUCCCCACUAUGUCAACUUGGAGCACAUCAGCAUAACUAGCUUUACUUAACAGGUAGGGGAACUGACUUACCUGGGGUCACACAAUGAGUAGAGCUAAGAAUAGGGCAACAGUCUCCAGGAAUGGAGGCAGUGCUGCUAAACCAGCUUCUCUCCCCGAUUCUGUUGCAUCCUUGAGCUAAAACUCUAACUCACUGUUGUCCUUCCAGCCAUGUGAGUAUUAGCACCAGGCAGGUACUUGUGUCCCCAUUCUGCAUGUUAAUUGGAUCAUGUUCCCAUUGUAUGUACCAUACUGUCUUUGAUUUACUGGUCACUGGAACAGGGGGAGAGGUGGGAAGUGGAUUGUACAGGUGAUCCUGUGGCACUGAGGUGGCCAGAAGAGGAGGUGGAGCAAGUAGCUUGUUUGAAAGGGAAGGUGCAAAUACUGCUGUCCUGGGGAAGAGGAGAAAUGUGAGCCUCCCAUGACACAAUAUAGAAAAAUGCACUUUGGUUUCAGAAUGAUGGAGCUGGAAACUGAAUGUAACUACUGGCUUGAUUCUUCUUCUCACAAAAAACACAUAGGGAAGAGAACACAAGUCUCCCAAAAUCAAGUCAUUUUUGAGGGAGAGGCUUAGUACAUAUGGACUAAGCUAGUGUCUGAUCCCAGUGAGAGGAACCUUCACCUGUUACUUGAAUAAACCAGGAAACAACUGAUGAACCAUAAGAUGUCCACCUUAGAAGACUCAGUAUCACAUCCUGGAGCAUUACCUGCCAUACAGUAGUCCCAUUUCACAUGGUCACAGAAAUUUAGUGGCUUAAGGGAUGCCCAGAUUGUGAACAUCCCUGAAAAACAUUGCUUCAUUCAAAAGUAGGGAGAUGAAUGCCUUUCCUGCUGUCUGGAUACGCGUAUCCCUGGCUCCAGAAUGAAGCCCUAUUUCCACCUGUAACACAGGUGUCAUGUUCAUGGCUUUCCUUCCCAGUUGAAUGUGUUAAUGAACCUACCUUACCAGCAGCAAAGUCCCAUGUAGCUUUAUGGGUACAAGGGAUGCAGAAAUGGUUUCAUAGGUGGGGGAGCCUCAAUCUAUUACUUUAAGUUUCAGGGUAGAAGAACUGCAGCUGUAGACAGCAGCACUUUCAGCCCACUUGUAAAAGCACAUCCUAGUCUCUGCAGGACAGGUGAACUGGGAAAAGACCUGAGCAAGAACAAUAAAUCUGCAUCCAGAGCCUUUUAUAUAUACAAUAAAAAGUUUCUAACAGCUA